AUGGCCCUCCUCAUCAGCUUCGUCUUUCUGUCGAGUUGGACAACUGUAGCGUUCACGUUUCCUCACAACACUUUUGACAACAUUCUGAGAGGGUCGAGGAUCGAAUUUGAGUCAUCUGGCAGCGGACCCGAUGAACCUUUGCAGGGAAUAGUCAAAGUUGUGCAGCUGGACCCUCACGCCUUAGCCCAGUCGGGGCUCUUCAGACGGGGAUUGACCCCCAGAAGAGCCCCCUCCCUCAGCUCCAGAUUGUCCUUCCCUGCCUUCCUGUCUCAGGGGCGUGCAGGUCCGGCCUCCAAGGCCCCUGUGAAUCCACUACACCACCUGCACCCUAAAAACCCCACUGAGAUGGAACUAAAGAAGAGACAAGGCCUGCAGAUGUGGCAGAGAGCCAUAGAUAAAGGAGACAAGAUGACCAUGUCCCUGCCAGUCAACCUGAAGGACACCAAACAGACAUGCACUGCAGUACCUUUCACUCAGCGUGUGACAGCAGACGGAUGCAACACAGUAACAGUGCACAACAAGUUGUGUUUCGGCCAGUGCAGCUCCCUGUUCGUUCCAUCUGAAGGGGAGUUUUCCGGGCCGGGUGCCGGGGUGGGGUCCCACCGCCAGGCCCCCUGCUCCCGCUGCGCCCCGUCCAAAGCUCACAUUGUGGCUGUGCCCCUGCGCUGUGGAGCUGAGGUCCGGGAGAAGAGCGUGAUGGUGGUGGAGGAGUGUAAGUGUGAGACGGGACGUGAGGAGAAGAACGCUGAGACUGCAGCUUCAACACACCUCUAA